CUUUAUAGAGUGGAGGUUCUCUACGUCCAGUUGGUAGAGAUGCAGCAAAGAGUUUGUGGCCUAGGAGUGGAAGACUUGAAGACAACCCUUUCUACAGUAAUAUUGAUUCCAUGCCAGACAUUCGACCCAGGAGGAAGUCAAUACCUUUAGUUAGUGAACUGGUUCUCAAGACCAUGGCUGCAACUAAGAGAAAUGCUGGCUUGACAUCUGUGGUACCUCGACAGUCAUUAAAUGAUGAAGAAUUGAAAAUGCACGUAUACAAGAAGACGUUACAGGCAUUGAUAUACCCAAUUUCCAGCACCACUCCUCACAACUUUCAACCCUGGACUGCUACAUCUCCAACCUACUGCUAUGAAUGUGAAGGUUUACUCUGGGGAAUAGCUAGACAGGGUGUGCGCUGUACAGAAUGUGGAGUCAAAUGUCACGAGAAGUGUAAGGACUUGUUGAAUGCAGACUGUCUACAAAGAGCUGCAGAAAAAAGUUCAAAACAUGGAGCAGAAGACAAAGCCAACAACAUCAUCAUGGCUAUGAAGGAGAGAAUGAAAAUCAGAGAAAGGGAUAAACCAGAAAUAUUUGAGCUCAUUAGGGACAUCUUUGGUGUGGAUAUAAAAAGUCAUGCUGGCCAUAUGAAGGCUGUCAAACAAAGUGUAUUGGUUGGAACAUCCAAGUGGUCAGCCAAAAUAGCCAUAACUGUAGUUGUGACGUUGUGGUGUUGCAGGCUGACCUUUGGUGUUGAUCCUGACACGCACAUAGAUGCCUUGCAGCAGGCUGAACAGUCAAUGAUGGAAGGAACUUCCAAGUGGUCGGCCAAGAUUGCUAUUACAGUUAUCUGUGCUCAAGGCCUUAUAGCCAAAGACAAAAGUGGGACUAGUGACCCAUACGUGACCGUCCAAGUUGGGAAAACCAAAAAGCGCACACGCACCAUGCCACAAGAUCUCAACCCUGUUUGGAAUGAAAAAUUUUACUUUGAAUGCCACAAUUCAUCUGAUCGUAUCAAAGUUCGUGUAUGGGAUGAGGACAAUGACUUGAAAUCCAAAUUACGUCAGAAACUUACCAGAGAAAGUGAUGACUUUUUAGGGCAAACUAUCAUUGAAGUGAGGACUUUGAGUGGAGAAAUGGAUGUUUGGUACAACCUAGAGAAAAGAACAGACAAGUCUGCUGUGUCAGGUGCUAUACGUCUCCAUAUUAGUGUAGAAAUCAAGGGAGAAGAAAAGCUCGAGAACGAUGCUGCCAACAUUCUAAAAGAACUCCAACAGUCACUGAACACCGUCCUAGAUGAUUUGAGCUCAGUGUUUGCUGUCAGUUUGGAGUCUACAAUCAAACAAAGUAUGCAAGAGCUAAAUGGGCUGCUUGCUGCUGUAAAGGGAAGUGGACAAGUGGCGAUGAAUCAGAAUGCCCAGCGGUCAGAAGUGACUGCCGAAGCAGAUCAUAUACUUCAUCCAAUUAUGGACAUUCUCGAUGGGAAACUAACCAUGUUUGCCCAGGUGUGUGAGCGAACUGUUCUGAAAAGGCUACUCAAGGAAUUAUGGAAAAUUGUAAUGCAUACAAUGGAAAAAACUGUCGUUUUGCCACCAAUCUCAGAAAAAAAUCUGAUCUUGCCAAACCUGCCAAAUGCCAAAAUUGAAGAUAUGUCUAGAUUAUUCAGAAACCAUGUGACAGUAAACAGGCUACCAACAUUAGGUGUUAUGGAAGUGGAAAAGAACCUUACACCUAAACAGUGUGCCGUCUUGGAUGUGGCCUUGGAUACUAUUAAGCAGUACUUUCAUGCUAAUGGAAAUGGACUGAAGAAGGCAUUCUUAGAUAAGAGUGCUGAACUUCAGUCAUUACGUUAUGCCUUGUCACUGUAUACGCAGACUACUGACACUCUGAUCAAAACAUUUGUCAGUACGCAGACUAAACAAGAAAUUCCAGCCACUGAAGAAGGAAGUGUGGGUGAAGUUUCUGUUCAAGUUGAUCUCUUCACUCAUCCAGGCACUGGAGAACAUAAAAUUACCAUUAAAGUGGUUGCUGCAAAUGACCUUCGCUGGCCAAACACCAGCAUGUUUCGACCAUUUGUAGAGGUUAAUCUGAUAGGUCCCAAUUUGAGCAACAAGAAACGGAAACAUGCUACUAAAUCCAAAAACAAUAACUGGUCUCCAAAAUACAACGAAACUUUCCACUUUAUUAUUGGAAAUGAGGAGGAGCCUUCUUCGUUUGAGCUACAUGUCUGUGUCAAAGACUACUGCUUUGCUCGAGAUGACAGGUUAGUGGGUGUGGCUGUUAUGCAGCUACGAGACAUCAUAGAACAAGGAAGCUGUGCAUGUUGGCUCCCUCUUGCUCGUCGUGUACACAUGGAUGAAACAGGCUGGACAAUUCUGAGAAUACUUUCACAGCGGACCAAUGAUGAAGUAGCCAGGGAGUUUGUCAAGCUAAAGUCCGAGAUUCGAAAUGAUGAAAACCUGCAACAAGCACUAAAGAAUUAAAUAGCUGAGAAGUUCGGGUUUUAACCUAGGGUUCUUGGUCCUACAUACUUUAAGCUUGGGUUACUAUAAUUUUGGUUCAGUGACUGAAGCAGAGCUUCCAGAUUUGCUCACCUAGUAUGUUUGGGAGUGUAUGUUUCUAAUUUUGGUGGAGGAAAUAUGAUGUAGAUAGAUAAAAGUAAUAAUGUUUUUCAAGCUUUUAUAUCUUGGUCUGAAGGUUGUAAAAGAUGUAUACUAAUAUUUAAAGUUUUCAAAGUUGCUUUUUGUUUAAAAGUGGGCUUUUUUUCCUACAUGCUACAUAUCCAGUGUAGUGUGUGGUGUUGCAAAUAAUUCAUAUUUCUGAAAGUCACUUUCUAGUCUAGACCUUCAUCAUCACGGGUCUUUUCUUGCAUGCUGUGAAUAUCUGAGAGUUGAAAGUCUAUUUUUUAUAACAAAGUACGUUGUUGUAGUGGUGUAAAAGGAUCUAGUCAAGAAUGUGAAUCUAGUCACAAAAUUGUACUGUUUGUGCCAACCUGAACUCCCAUAACUUCUUUAUUAAUGAUCUCAAUUUUUUUGAAAAAUAGAUCUAGUCACUUUAUAAGUCUAUAUUUUUUGUCUAAAAUGCACAUUCCUGUAAAGUCAAAUAUGUAUGUUUAUUACGUAGUUAUUUCAAGGUUUCAACUCCUUCUGAAUUUUUUAAAUGAGUUGCAUUUUUCUAUAUGAUAUAAUUAAAGAUCUUUAUAUGGUUGUUAUUAUAAGUGGAGAAUGAAAUGUUUAUAAAUAUUACUGGAGAUUUGCUGGUAAUAAUUGUUCAAAAUAUUUACUUGUUUUCUCUAACUGUUAUCAAAUUCUCAAUUGCUGAUAUGAGUGAUAGUAACUAGAUUGAGAACCUGGUUUAGACAUUAAGUUGAAAAUGAAUGGUUUAUUUCACAUUCCAAAUUUAUAAUAGUUACCAUACAAGGAAAUGAAAAUGUUCACAAUGAUCACAUUAUGAAAACCAUUUUGUUUUAUUUUUAUUAUUAUUAAAGGAAUAACUCUAUCGAUUCAUAAUUAACAUGUUUUAUGAUUGAAGUCUAAGAAAAAAAUGUUUAACCUCAAGUUCCCUUAUUACAAAAUAUAGAUUUUAUUCUGAUUUUACCCCAAAAUGGCACAUCCAUUAAGACAUCCAAGACUUCUGAUACUUGAUUGUGGCAGAAAGAGCUAGCACAUCAGAGUGUCUAAAAUUUUCCUUUUGAUUCUGGUGUAAAAGUCCGGUCGAAAGGCAUUGAAGACUGCCACUGUCACAUUUCAAACUUGUUAUACCUAGAUUUUGGAAAGGAAAGCUAGAAUAUCAGGAUGUCUAAAUGUCUUUUGAGACUGUAGUAUUGAAAGCCAAGUUGACAUAUAUUUUUCAUAGAAGAACUCUGUCAAAUAAUGAUAUUUUAUUUAUGAAUAAUAAUAAAAAAAAAGAGUAAAAUAGUUAAAAACAUUUCACUAAAUCCAUCUAGCAUCAUUGGGUUGAGUGGUGUUUUGGACGUACAACUAGUUUAGAAUAUUAAUAUCUUGACUCAGUUUUUAUCCAUAAGUAAAACAUUCAUGAUAAUUAUCAUUGAUAAUCCACAGUCACCUUCCAAAAAAUUCCAAUACCAAGACUUAAACAGAAAUAACUAUUGUAUCAUGAUAUAUGAAUAGUCUUGGAGAUUCUAGUCUAGGCAGCCAAAUUGAAGUCACUGAUAGGUCAAUUUUUGUUUUGUUUUUCAGAAUGAAAUCACAAAUGGUGAUGUAGAUGUGGUGCUGUGUAAUACUAGAGUAUGGGAAGCUGUCACAGAAAAGGCAGGCAUUUUCUGCUUCUCUUGGUUACAUCACCACUUUUGGUCUAUUUUAUCCUGUUAAUGUUAAUCUAAUGCUGGUUUAAGUGACCAAGGUUUAUAAGUUAUCCCUUUUUUUCUAUAUAUGUUGCACAAUAAAGCGUUUUCACAACAGUU